AUGGGUCCUGACCUGAGAAUUGUGAUGAUUGGAAAAACUGGAGUGGGGAAAAGUGCUGUUGGAAACACCAUCCUGGGCAAAAACUCAUUUAAAUCUGAAGCCUCAUUUGACUCUGUGACUGACACUUGUAAAAAAGAUCAGAUUUAUGAAAAUAGAAACAUACAUGUGGUGGACACACCAGGGAUUUUAGAUACAACGAGAUCUCCAAAGGAAAUCCAAAACGAGAUAGUGAAGUGUGUUCAGGUGUCAUCUCCAGGUCCUCAUGCCUUCUUGCUGGUGAUUCAGCUGGGCAGAUACACCAAAGAAGAACAGAAUGCUGUGGAGGCCCUGGAGAAACUCUUUGGAUCAGAGGCCUCCAAGUACAUGAUUGUACUGUUUACUCGAGGUGAUGAACUACAGGGUAAAACACUACAAGAGAUCAUCCUCAAGAGUCCUCCAAAGCUCAGGGCGGCGAUACAACGCUGUGGUGACAGAUUCCAGGCUUUUGACAAUUCAGAUAUUGGUAGGCAGAAUAGAAGUCAAGUUGUUGAGCUGAUCAAGAAGAUUGAUGACAUGCUGGCAGCAAAUGGAGGAGGGCACUACACUGACGAAAUGUAUAAGGAGGCAGAGAGAAAGAUUCAAAAUCAAAACGCCCCAAGGGAAGUGGCAGAGAAAAAAGAAUACCCAUUCACAUUCCUUUCUGCUCUCCUGACAAGAAUUGCUUUGUUUCAAUUAAUACUUGCCAUGGAGACUGAUUGA